AUGCCUUUUGCAUCCCCACUCACGUUAGAUAAACAUAAGGGGUGGUCUCAAGUUAGCAAGUUGGAUAAUGACGACCGAGUCUUGGAAUUCGCUUCCAGGGUUGUCGCUGUACCGUCAGAACCUUCUCCCAAUCCUUCGUCAGCUACUUUGCCUACCGCGAAUGAGCAAUCAGGACCUCACCUUUCAUUCAACGACCUGAUUCAUUCCCCUACAUUUUUGAACGAUUGUGGCAUCCACUUGAUGCAACGCUUCGAGCAGUUCGGUCGUGAGGACGACCUACAAAAUGCAAUUUCUGCCCUAGAACGUUCAACAUCGUUCACUUCAGACCGCGAUCCCGAUAAACCUCCUCGAUUGAGCAAUCUUUGCCUCGCAUUCCUGCGUCGCUUCGAGUUGCUCGGCGAUCGUCGAGAUCUUGAUCAAGCGAUUAAAUCGGGAAACGACGCAGUCACUUUGGCAGAUGGUGUUUCAGCUGCUGAGCUUGCAGUCUCUGUCUCCACCGAAGGAAAUCCACGGAAACCCAAGUCGUUCUACACCCUCGCUUGCUGCCUCAAUCGACGGUUUCAGCGGCUUGGCCAACUUGUUGACAUCAAGUCAGCAAUUGAAAUGGGACGGCUUGCAUUAUCCCUCGCUGCUGAAGGAGAUCAGUUGAAGCCUAUGGCCCUAGAAAUCGUUGCCAUUUCAUUAUAUCAAUACUUCAAAUAUCUCGGCAAACCUGAUGAUCUCGAAGAAGCGAUUUCAAAACAGAAGGAUGCCAUACGUUUGGUGUCAAAGGGGUUUCUAGGGAAAUUUCGGAUGCUGAACAGUCUCAGUAUCUACCUUCGUGAACGUUUCGAAUUGUUCGACGACCCCGACGAUCUAGACCAGGCAAUUUUCAAAGGGACGGACGCUGUAAAUGCAGCUCCUAGUAGAAGCCCGGAGAAACCCGGCAUACUAAGCAACGUUGGCGUUUGCUUAUUUCAGCGCUUUAUACUACAUGGAGCCCUCAAGGACGUCACGGAGGCCAUUUCAUUGAUGCAGAGUGCCGUAUCCGAUGCUCCAGACGGACACGUUUAUAAGCCGACCAUGCUUAACAACCUUGGCAUUUACUUCCGUCACCGUUUUGCCAAGACAAAAGACGCUAACGAUCUCGACGAGGCAGUUUCUGCAGGAAGGCGUGCCGUGGCCUAUAUCGCUGAUGGCCAUUCAGAAAAGCCCUCUUGGAUCAACAGCCUUAUCGCUUCUCUUCGAGAGCGUUACAAAGUUCACGAACACUUCGAUGACCUGGAGGAAUCCAUCUCCUGUGGAAAGAAAGCAUUGCUGGACGCGGCUAUACAAUGGGCCGAGCUGUGCAGGGGUAUCGACGUUCUGUCUGCAUUGGAGGCAUAUCAACUCGUUAUCGAGCUCCUCCCCCGGGUUGCUUGGACCGGGAAGAGCAUAGCUGCACGACACAGGGAACUAACCCAUUUUGGUCAUGCGGUCAACGGAGCAGCGGCAUGGGGCGGGGCCAUUGUUUGGGGCCAGUUACAUAACCUUCGCUCGCCUGUCGACUUCCUUUCUGAUGCACGUCCUGAUCUCGCUGAACGCCUGUCCGAAGUUGCGGUUGCUUUGGAGAAGGCGAGCAAUCGAGGUGUUAACGCAGAGCACUUUAAGGAACUAUCAAUGGAGGAAAUAGCAAAAAAGCACCGUCAUUUGGCUAACGAGUGGGAUAGUCUAGUCGAAACAGUUCGUGCGCUUCCAGGCUUUGAAGACUUCCUACAACCGAAAAAGCUCGCUACGCUCAAGAAUGUGGCCAAACUUGGUCCAGUCAUCCUCAUCAAUACAUAUCACGCGAGGUGUGAUGCGCUCAUUCUAAUCCCCGGUCUAGAGGAUGUCGUUCACAUCCCACUCAAGGAUUUCUCUUACGGAAAGGCCGAAAUUCUACACAAACGAUUCAACAAAUCUCUUUCAGCUCUUGGCGUUCGCACACGAGCAUCGCGACCAGUGUAUGGUACUUCGGACAAAGAUGUCUUUGUGAUCGUUUUAAAGGAGCUAUGGUCAUGCAUCGUGAAACCUGUGCUCGACGGCCUAGCUUUCUCCCCCUCUGAGGCCACCAACCUGCCGCGAUUAUGGUGGUGUACAACAGGUCCGCUAGCAUUCCUCCCUAUCCACGCCGCCGGACAAUACAGUACAAACGACCCAGGAACAAAGCUAUCUGACUAUGUCGUUUCAUCAUACACUCCAACGCUCACAGCCCUUCUUGACAAACUCCAGAAAACUCGAGCGUUCAAAGGUUUGUUGGCAAUCAGCCAACCCAACACUCCAGGGUUGUCGAAUCUUCCUGGUACAAAAGGAGAACUGCAGAAGAUUGAAGAACGAGCUAACGAAGUCGUUGUCGAGUAUCUGAGGGGAGAAGAAGCGACACCGGACACAGUACUCCAUGGCAUGUCAACCUGCAAUUGGGUUCACAUGGCGUGCCACGCUACGCAAGAGAAGGCAAAACCUUUAGACAGCACCUUUCGCCUUCAUCACUCUCUCAAUUACCCAGAUGGGCAUUUACCUCUCUCACAGUCAUUAUCAGAGGAAUCAGUUCACCUUGCCGCGGGAAUGCUUAUGGCCGGAUAUCAAAGUGUUCUCGCGACAUUGUGGUCCAUCAGGGAUGUUGAUGCGCCUCUCAUUGCGGAUGAGGUAUAUUCUCGACUUUUCGAGGACCUAAAACCUGAUAGCGGGAAAGCUGCAAUCGCACUACAUCACGCUGUUCAAUCUCUUCGCAAGCGUGUGGAGAAGGAACCUGAUUCGUUCGUGAGAUGGGUGCCUUUCAUACAUGUAGGAGUUUAGGGUCCAACGUGCAAUUGCCUAAUCAGUCGGUGACAGUGUAUUUAACGGUUCCUGUUGGUCUCGCGGUGCGAAUACAAUAGUGCAAGAAUUUCUAGUACGCUAUCAGUAAUAAAAUCAGUUGACCAGUGCU